AUGACGGCCAAUGCUACAUGGCUUGUCAUCUGGUCUGAGGUGGCCCUGUGGGGAGAACUCUUCCUGAUCUGGGAGCUCCUGCAUGCAGGGACCUUGGGGGAAGAGCUGACAUGGGGGACAAGCCUCAGCCUCCUGCUGGCUCUCCCAGCCGACCGGGCGGAGCGUGCAGCCUCGUCCCGCGGCCGGGCCGGGGCCGGGCCGGAGCUGCGGCGCCUGGAUGCGGACCCGGCCGCGGGGAGACGGGCGCCGGCCCCGGAGCGACUUUCGGUCCCCGACGCGCCCUGCCCGACCCCUAAGAUGAAGAGGGCGUCCGCCGGAGGUGAGUGCCGCACCCGGGCCGGCCGGCGGGCGGGGACCCGGGCGCCCCUCCCUGAGCCUCGGGGCGCGCCCGGGCUGCCGAGGCUGCGGAGGGUUACCGCGCGGCCGCGAGGCCACCGCAAUGCUGCCCGGCCCCGGGAGGGCGGAGCCCGCGGCAGCAGGAAAAGUUGCCGCUUCCCUGGAAAGUUGGCGGCGGCGGCGGGGCUCGUGUGGGGGCUGCUGGCUGGAAGGGAGAUUGCGAAGGGGGAGUCAGUGGUGAAUGAUGCCCACGGGACAGCCCCUGGUGGGACCUCCUGCCCUGAGCUGGAACUUGCCGUGGAAAUAGAGGCUGUGAUGGGGCCUCGUGGGGCCCCCAUGUCCCAGGGGCCUCCUCAGAUUCCCAAGUCCUUCCCUGCCCUGGGGACAUCAUGGUGGCACUCAGGCAGUGGCACCCUAGGGGCUAAGUCCAGUUUUCGGGGCGAGGCUGUGGUUGGGGAGGGGAGUGGGAUGGGCGUGGUGGGGCUCUGGGAAGAAGAGCCUUCCGAGGGGCUGUCUGGGAACAAGGAGGAGGUGCCGCCUGAGCUCAGGCCCCAGCGGCACAAGUUCCAAGAGUGCGUUCCUAUUGUGUGUGCCCAUGGCGUGCACACCCCCACCCCGAGUGUGCACCCCAAGCAUGGGCUUCUGCACUGCAUCUGCCCUGUUGGAGGCUGCCGUCUGGGCCUCGCAGGAAUGGUCAGCUUCGUGUUGGCGGUAGAUGCAGGGUCCCGGGAGGAGUGGAGCCAGCUGCUGGCCUGGGUGCUGUGGCUGCAGGUGUGGAGUGUGGCGGCGCCGUGCCCGGGUGCCUGUGUGUGCUACAACGAGCCCAAGGUAACCACAAGCUGCCCGCAGCAGGGUCUCCAGGCCGUGCCUACCGACAUCCCGGCUGCCAGCCAGCGCGUCUUCCUGCACGGCAACCGCAUCACAUACGUGCCAGCCGCCGCCUUCCAUGCCUGCCGUAACCUCACCAUCCUGUGGCUGCACUCGAACGCGCUGGCCCACAUCGACGCCGCCGCCUUCGCUGGCCUGGCACUCCUGGAGCAGCUGGACCUCAGCGACAACGCGCAGCUGCAUGCCGUGGACCCUGCCACGUUCCAGGGCCUGAGCCGCCUGCACACACUGCACCUGGACCGCUGCGGCCUGCAGGAGCUGGGUCCCGGCCUGUUCCACGGCCUGGCUGCCCUGCAGUACCUCUACCUGCAGGACAACGGGCUACAGGCGCUGCCCGACGACGCCUUCCGCGACCUGGGCAACCUCACGCACCUCUUCCUGCACGGCAACCGCAUUCCCAGCGUGCCCGAGCGCGCCUUCCGCGGCCUGCACAGCCUCGACCGCCUCCUGCUGCACCAGAACCGUGUGGCCCGCGUGCACCCGCACGCCUUCCGGGACCUCGGCCGUCUCAUGACACUCUACCUGUUUGCCAACAACCUCUCUGCACUGCCCGCGGAGGCCCUAGCACCACUGCGGGCCCUGCAAUACCUGCGGCUCAAUGACAACCCCUGGGUAUGCGACUGCCGGGCGCGCCCGCUCUGGGCCUGGCUUCAGCAAUUCCGCGGCUCCUCAUCCGAGCUGCCCUGCAGCCUGCCCCCGCGCCUCGCUGGCCGCGACCUCAAGCGCUUGGCCACUGCCGACCUGGAGGGCUGCGCUGUGGCCGCCAGACCGUCCCGUCCCUUCUGGACCGGCGGGCCUGCCGAUGAGGAGCUGCUGGGGCUGCCCAAGUGCUGCCAGCCGGACGCUGAGGACAAGGCCUCGGUGCUGGAGGCCGGGAGUCCGGCCUCGGCUGGCAAUGCACUCAAGGGACGUGUGUCAUCUGGCGACAGCCUGCCAGGCAACGGCUCUGGCCCACGACACAUCAACGACUCCCCAUUCGGGACCCUGCCUGGCUCGGCCGAACCCCCACUGACCGCGGUGCAUCCUGAGGGCUCCCAGCCACCGGAGCCCCCCACCAUGGGCCCUCGCCGGCGGCCAGGUUGUUCCCGCAAGAACCGCACACGCAGCCAGUGCCGUCUGGGCCAGGCAGGUGGCGGGGGUGCCGGGGCUGGGGGGGCUGGCGGGGUGGAGGGCUCGGGUGCCCUGCCUGGCCUCGCCUGCAGCCUCACCCCUCUGGGCCUCUUCCCCCUGGGCCUUGCGCUGGUGCUGUGGACGGUGCUCGGGCCCUGUUGA